GGUUGGGUUUGCGUAGUGGAGAAAACGGGGAGCAGGGGAAAAUAACCCCAAAUGCCGCAUGCAGUCCCCAGUUAAAGCUUUCACUCGCGUCUUUCCCGUAUUGGAGGAGAAGAAAGACGUUCCCAGGACAUGCCUCUUACAUUACUACUGAACUGAUCCGCGACCACAGACAAACCUGCCAGCACUUAAGUCUACUCGCUGGAUUUCAUCUCCAUGGCAACAAGCAUGGAAGGCCAAGAGGUGACUCCAGCUGGAAUUCUCAAGAGCCACAAGGAUGUGACAGUGAAUAAUGAGUAGUUCCUACUGUGGCAACUCUUCAGCUAAGAUGAGUGUCAACGAAGUAUCAGCUUUCUCAUUGACUUUGGAGCAAAAAACUGGCUUUGCUUUUGUUGGGAUUUUGUGUAUUUUCUUGGGACUUCUUAUUAUCAGAUGCUUCAAAAUCCUGUUAGACCCGUAUAGUAGCAUGCCUUCCUCUACAUGGGAAGAUGAAGUUGAAGAGUUUGAUAAAGGGACAUUUGAAUAUGCACUUGCAUGACAGUUCCAGCUUUGUGGUUUUUAGUGUUGUGCUCUUGGGACUCGUGGUGAAUACAAUUGUAAUUACCUUGAGUGUGCUGCUGGAGAGAGGCUCAUUUCAGUCACUAAAUUCAAUAAACAUG